AUGGGUCAACUCAAACGGCGGCGUCCACAGCACCUACUCCGACCCGAUGAGAUGCUGGCAACUCUAGCCUCCUUACGGCUUCACGCGCUGCUGCAGCACGGCGUCAUCUGGCUGGCUGUGCCCCCCGAGGUUUCGGAGCUGCUGAACCAAUGCUGCACUGGGCAGAUGGACGGUGGGCCAGGUACUGCGGACGAGGUGGCGGCGGUGCUGACGCCGCUGCAGCAGCCCGACGCCGGUAUUUCGACAGGACUGGACGGUACGACGGCUGAAGAGGUCCAGGCCAUGGAGGUGGAUGAUGGAAACCAACAGCUGCUGCGUCCGCCGCAGCAAUCUGGGGAACCCAACCUGGCAGCAGCGGCCGGCAGCAGCGACCAACGGGACAGUCCCGCUGCCGCCGAAUGUGGAGAGGUCACGACUUCUACCAUCGGAUCACCAACCGCUGCAGGAGCUGGGACGACAAGGCCCCGUUUUCGUCACUUGCCUAUGGAUACGAAAGAUGACGGAGUUGCCGGCGCGGCAGCGGCAGCAAGUAAAGGUCAGGGAGAUAACGGAGCGGUGUUGGAGAGUACGGGAACCACAGGGACCGCCGUACCGCCGGAAGCGUUGGGUAUGGACCCAGCAGCCGGGGCGGGGGAGCCUGAGGAAAGCAGGCAACGAAUGGGAGCGGCGGUGGAGGCGACGACAACAGCGCCGGCGGCAGGGCGGCCCGGCGGGCAAAUCCCAGGACGGCCAAGGGGUCGUCGCGGCGGCGGCGGCGGAGGCUUUCCGCCGUACAGCCCCGCCGCCGUGGGAUGCCGCUUGGUGGCGGUAAGGCUCACGCUUGAGGAGGCCUUCUUUCUGCAUUACGUGCUGCGCUGCCUUGAGGUGUACGAGCUACACCCGGCGUUGCCCAUACCCGCUGCUGCCGAGGAUGUACAGCUUUUGGACACGGAGGCGCUAUGGAACUCAUGCCGAGGCAUCCGAAGUAACUUCGUCACGUCGUAUGCGGCAUACCACCACCUAAAGUGCAAGGGCUGGAUUCCGCGUUCUGGACUUCUGUACGGAGUGGAUUUCGUGGUAUAUCAGCUGCACCCCGUGGGUGCGCACAGCGACUUUGGGGUGCUGGUUAUGCCGCUGGGGUCUGGACCAGGGGGCAGCAGUCGCAGCGGGGGCCCCCACGCACCGCCCUUGAGCUGGCUGGACCUGCAGAUCACAAACCGCCUCAUCAACCAGGUCGUGAAGAGGCUCGUCCUGCUGUACUUGUACGAGCGGCCUGGGCCCGACCACACGACCCCACGCUGCCUUAGCAAUUUCGCGGUGGCAGAUACGCUAACCGUUACGAACGACAUGGCGCAAUACCUCGUGCUGAAGCAAGUGGAACAUUUUCGGUCGGGUCCCCCCAUCAUGAGCAACGGCUGGGUGGCAAACCUUUUGGCGAAGUUCCCUAAGGUUAAGAACUUGGACGUGAAGUGCAGUCAAAGUGUUCUUACUUUGUUUGCUCGACAUAUGGUGCGGGACUGCCUCGCGAGCAGUCCGGCCGGCAGUGUUCCACUAUCGCGCAUUUUUGACCUUGCGGAUCAUGUAAAAACCAACAGCAGACGACAUUCAGCGGUGCUCAUCUGCGAGCUCAUUAAGUUCAAAGUUGCUCAGAGCUUGACUUCCAAGCCACCUGGAUAUGAGGCAAUGCGGCAAGAUAUCAAGCAGUAUGGGCGUGCAGAUCAGUUGCUGACGGAGCACCGGAUCGAGCUCCAAGCGCGUGUCAUUGAGCUGGUGGAGAAGGUGCUGACGUUAAAGGGGCACGUUGAUGCGCGGGCGCAUGAACACUACAAGUAUGCACGCGACACACUGGACGACUCGCUGCUGCAGCUGGUGUCCUGCUUGCAACCGCGGCACAGCAAGUACGCCUAUCAGUUACUGGCGAAAGCAGCAGAUCCGGCCAAGGCGGCGCGCGGAUGGAGGUGGCUUUUCUACUUCCUAGCGCGGCAGAAGCAGGCGGAGGCUGCCAUUGAGGCUUACAAGGUGGUGGAUAAGCAGGCGCUUGCGCAACUGAGCCCCACCUGCCUCAGCGAGCUCUUCCGGAGCCUUAUUGACAACGAGAUCACCACGCAGCCGGAGCCCAAACUGCGUGCAAUCACCAGUGACAGCGGCUCCUGGACCAAGUUUCUUUACCGCGGCAACUUCACGCUAACCUCGACUCAGAGCAGAGAGGGUGCACUGGAGAAGGUGGCGGCUGACCUCGUAGGCAAGGACUAUCUGGAUACAGCGGUCAACGUGAUGAACAGAUUCGAAACAGAAAGCACGGCGAUGGAGAUCUGGACGCAGUUGUUGGGCGCACUGGGCAUCGUGCCUGGAGGCGAGAUGCCGCUGGUGACCCGCGACUUGCACCGUGUCGUUUCGGACCAGGUGCACAAGGCUUCCUUGCUGGCUAUGCAAGCGCAACCCGCGCGCCGUGUCGCGUGCCACGUCCCGCUGGUGGAUGUGCUAGUCUCGGAGGGCCACCUAGAGGAGGCGUAUAACAUGGUCGCCAACUACCCGGAGCAGGGCGCUCUGGAUAAGCACCUGCUGCGCUCCCUCUCCAACGUCUUCUCUCUAGCGGACUGCCCGCCGGCGCAGCUGAGCAGCAAGACGUGUGAUCUGCUGCUUGACGUGCUGCAGCACCGCCUGCGAGACGUCGCGGCGCGCUCGGAGCUGACUACCAUCCUAGUGGCUGCCUACGCAGCACGCAAGGAUCUGGACACAGCCGUCAGGUUGGCGAACAGUCUUGACGCCGCUGCCGCGGCGGCGAUGGAGGCCGAUGCGGGCGCUGCGGGCGGGCCUGCAUUGGAACCGGUGCCAGCGGCAGCGGCGCAGGGCGCAGCGGGCCUAGGCCCUGGGGGAAUGGGCGUUGAUGGUGUCGCCAUGGCCGGGGUUGAAGGAGACGGGGGGCCGGGGGCAGUUGCUGGGCAGGCGGGGCAACGCCUGGCGGAGAUGUGGCGUGGCGUGGCAAUAGCAGCAAUCCGCCAGGGUGACGCUGGCGUGCUCCUAACAGCUUUACCUCGGGUGAACACGUCAUGGCUACUAGGCCACAUGGACGAGGACUUUGGCCUUGACAGCGUCGCCCCAGUGGCCGCUGCCGGCAGAGCAGGACCCUCCUCACGGCCGCGGCAAGAAGACGUGGGGCUAGGAUUAGGUCAUCUUGGGACGACAGCAGACACUGUCGGAGAAGCUGCGGCAGCUGGCGCAGGCUUGCUGAUCAGCAGCGGCGGGGCAGCGGUCUUGCCUCCAGGGCCCACAACGGUGUGGCAGAGUGUCUGUGGCGUUUUAUUGCGGGCUAGCCGGCGCGCUGACCUUGAAUCGGCGCUGCUUCAGCUCCUAGCUGAACGCCGGAGAGUCCUAGGGGGGCACACGGACCAACGGGCACUUCUCGAGGCUACGGCGCGUGCGAUGAUUUUAAAUGGCUAUUCAGCAGAAGCACUCACACUUGCUCGACGGCUUGGCGGCAGUUACUCGUCCUCCCCUGAGCAGGGCUGUGGGACAAGCAGCGCUCUCGGCGGGGAUGGCGGCAUAAACACGGGUGAUGGUGCUGGGCUCUCCGUCGCACCCGCGGAGUUGGAAAGUUCAGCUGGAACUACAACGGGUGUGCGUCCCUGCUGGUCCAUGCUUAAUAUUAUCCUAGAGGGCUUUAUGAAUGGGGGCCAGUUGCAGCUGGUGCUUCAGGAGCUAUUUGCGGCGGGGACGGCACAGUCAAAGGAAGCGGCUAGUUCCUCCGGCGGCGCCAGUAGCGCCGCCCUAACGGGGGGGAAUGUUGCCGCGGGCCUAGUACUCCAUGCCGCUGCAGGCCGGCUAAGGCAGUCGCUGUUAGCCGACGUCCUGGCGUCUCUAACCGAUGCGGGCCGCUUAAGUGAAGCUGUACAACUCUUGCGCGUUCUCCGCGGUGGGGAGGACGAUGGUCUGCUUUUGCCACCUCCGGCCAUGCCUUUGCCUACCGGUGCCGCACAGCGCGGGACCGCCGGCACAGCACGCGCGACACGGUCUAACCGCGCUGCGGCUGCUGCGGCCAAACGUAACCGCGGAAACUUUGGGCCUGCAGCGAUUACCGAACAAGGCGCUGCUGAUGGCACAGCAGCGGCCGUUGCCACUGCUGCUGCGGUGCUUGCAGGCAUGGCAGAAGCGUCAGGGGGCGCCGGGCUGGGCCAGGCAGGUGCGACUGGGCCCGCGCCUGCCAGUGCUCAUGGUCUUGGUGAGCCUGGGCAUUGCCCUCAACCCCAAUACAGCCGUCUUCUUCUCGAGGGCAGCGGUGAUGACGAGGCGGGCCAGGCGACUGGUGCUGCCCUUGGUUCCAACGCGGGUGCUCCACCACGUGUCUCGGCGAACACGGGGUCAGGGCCGUGCACCCGUGCCGCAUCCCUGGAGGCCGCACUCGCGUCUCUGGUUAAGGCACUGCUAAAGCGUUCGAGCAGCACCGGCAGCGGCGUUGCAGGUGGCUCGGCGGCUGCUAGCGGCUCGUCCGUCGGUGGUGCUGGCUGCGGGGGUGAAGGGGGGGGAGGCGGCUCGUCAUCAAGUAGUGAUGUGCUUGGGGACUGGCUAGAGGUAUGCAAGGCCUGGCCCCUCGGACCUAGCCGCGACGCUCAACUUGAUGCUUUGGCGCGGAGAGCGAUGGAUAGGGGCCGAGACCUGGAGGUGGCGCUUCAAGCUGGCUGGUUGCUUGGUGAAGCAUCACCUCAGGAGCAACGUUUUGCCUAUACCCAUCGAGACCUUGCGCAAAAAUGCAUGGGACAGGGCAUGCUGGAGGCGGCGCAGGGAUGCCUGCUGCGCGUGCAUCCGCAGAACAGGGAUUCAGUGGAUGCGGUGGCCCGGGACCUGAUGCGCGCGUUGGCACGGGCAGGCGACAAGCCCGCCGCCCUCCAGUUGGCGGCGGGCUGGGCCACAUCCGAGGAGCAGCGCGCAGAGAUGGUCAAGCUGAUACGUGCAACCCGAUCAGCGGCCAGCGCCGAUUGUUGGGUGAUUUCCGCUCCCCAGAUUGUUGUGGGCAAAAUCAUGGACAACUUCCCUAACGCAUCAUGUACGCAGUCCCCGCGGUUUGAAUGCCUUUAAUACUGUGCACCUC